AUGUCAGACCAGACACUAUCAGAGCUAUCAGCGCUCACAAUCACACCACCCGGCUCACCGAGAUCUAAGAGCAAGCAGCAUACAGAGGCAUACACUCAGCGAAGAAGGAAGGAGUCAGAGACAGCGUUAGCGGUGCAGAAGGAGAGCCUGCCGUCAAAAUUCCUCAACCAGCCUCCAGACCCGCUAUAUUAUUUUGAAGAUGGGCUGAGGAAGAUCCCGCCUUAUAAUUAUACAUACAAUACGUUCUGUAAAGAGCGGUGGAGAGGGCGUACGCUGCUGGAUAUAUUUGUGAAUGAGUUUAGGGAUCGCCCGGAGGAGUACUAUAAAAAAGCUAUUGAAGCGGGGACGGUCACGAUAUUUAGAAAGAAGGAUGGCCGCCAUCCGACGCAGGAGCAGCUUAUAUACUGUGGUCCUGAUACGAUCGUAAAUAAUGGAGAUAUGAUCGCGCACACACUGCACCGCCACGAACCCCCGGUCACUGACAAACCCGUUGAGGUUGUUUUCGAAGACGAAUCCCUCAUCGUUAUUAACAAGCCUGCGGGGGUGCCGGUGCACCCCGCUGGCCGAUACAACUACAACUCGGUCAUCGAGAUCAUGAAGCAUGAGCGGAACGGAGUCGCACCUCUACCAUGUAAUCGCCUCGACCGUCUGACCAGUGGGCUCAUGUUCUGUGCCAAAACCCCACAGGCUGCAGACGACAUGAUGAACCAGCUGCGCACACGCACAAUCCGCAAGCAGUACGUCGCUCGAGUGACAGGCGAGUUCCCGACAGAAGACAUCACCUGCUCCGAGCCCAUUCUCAGUGUCUCUCCCAAGCUGGGACUUAAUCGGGUCCGUGCGAACGGGAAGCACGCAUCGACACUCUUCCGCCGGCUCAGGUACAACAAGGAGCGGGAUUACAGUAUCGUAGAGUGUCAUCCUUUCACGGGGCGCACCCACCAGAUUCGUGUUCACCUGCAGUACCUAGGUUAUCCAAUCAGUAACGAUCCUAUAUACUGCAAUCGACUGGUAUGGGGGCCUGGCUUAGGGAAGGGCGGGGAGGGCGAUGAUGAGGAUAUCAUUACAAGGUUGGGCAGGAUGGGAAAGGAUCAGGUAGCUGAUGCCGUUGCCUAUUUCGAUGAGAUGGUAAAGGAGUACCAGGAGAUCAAGGCGCAUAAACUAUCGGGUGAACUAUGUUCGGUCUGUGAGGCGCCAUUGUACACCGAUCCGGGAUCGCAUGAGUUGGGUAUCUUUUUGCAUGCAAAGAGGUACGAGUGCGAAGAAGGGAGAUGGGCGUACGAGACGAAGUUGCCGGACUGGGCAACGGUGGAUUAG